GGCGGGGCGGGGCGCGAGGAAGGCGGGCCAGAAGUUUCCGCGCUGGGCGGGCGGGCGGCUGGGCGAGCGGGCGGCGGGCCGGCGGGCGGACCGGGCCGGGGCUGGGGAAGUUUGCGCGGCGGCUCGUGAGCGCAGGGUGCGGGCCCGGCCGGCCGCUGCGCGCCCGCUGCCAUGGCUUUCCGCAGGAGGACGAAAAGUUACCCGCUCUUCAGCCAGGAGUUCGUCAUCCACAACCAUGCGGACAUCGGCUUCUGCCUGGUGCUCUGCGUCCUCAUCGGGCUUAUGUUCGAGGUCACAGCCAAGACUGCCUUCCUAUUUAUUUUACCUCAGUAUAACGUUAGUUUGCCUACAGCAGAUGGCGAGACCGUGCACUACCACUACGGCCCGAAGGACCUGGUGACAAUCUUGUUCUACAUCUUCAUUGCCAUCAUCUUGCACGCUGUGGUUCAGGAGUACAUACUAGACAAAAUCAGCAAACGGCUUCAUCUCUCCAAGGUCAAACACAGCAAGUUCAAUGAAUCUGGACAGCUGGUCGUGUUUCAUCUCAGCUCGGUGAUUUGGUGCUUCUACGUGGUGGUGACGGAAGGAUACUUAACGAACCCGAGGAGCCUCUGGGAAGACUACCCGCAUGUGUACCUCCCCUUCCAGGUGAAGUUUUUCUACCUGUGCCAGCUGGCCUACUGGCUGCACGCGCUGCCUGAGCUGUACUUCCAGAAGGUACGGAAGGAGGAAAUCCCCCGCCAGCUCCAGUACAUCUGCCUGUACCUGGUGCACAUCGCUGGAGCAUACCUCUUAAACCUCAGCCGCCUGGGCCUGAUCUUGCUGUUGCUGCAGUACUCGACCGAGUUCCUCUUCCACAUGGCUCGACUCUUCUACUUCGCAGAUGAAAACAACGAGAAGCUAUUCAACGCCUGGGCUGCCGUGUUUGGGGUCACCCGCCUCUUCAUCCUCACCCUCGCCGUGCUGGCCAUCGGCUUCGGACUGGCUCGCAUGGAGAACCAGGCCUUUGACCCCGAGAAAGGGAACUUCAACACUUUGCCUUGCCGGCUGUGCGUGCUGCUGCUGGUGUGUGCCGCCCAGGCCUGGCUCAUGUGGCGCUUCAUCCACUCCCAGCUGCGGCACUGGCGGGAAUACUGGAACGAGCAGAGCGCCAAGCGGAGAGUCCCAGCUGCCCCCAGACUACCAGCCAGGCCCGUCAAGAGGGAAUGUGGUUACCACGAAAAUGGAGUGGUGAAGGCAGAGAAUGGAACCUCCCCACGGACUAAGAAACUCAAGUCUCCUUAAGGCCAAAGUGCUGAGAACAGGAAUCCUCCUGGUGGGGGUGCAGCAGGGGACAAGGAGCCCCGGCCCCUCCCUGCCUCCGCCCUCCUGCUCCUGGUGCUCGUCUCAAUGGCAGAGGCCCGUCUCUCAGUGAGGGGUUUCUUCUUCUUGCUUCCUGGCUGUCUCUUCUUCGUCCGUACGCCAUUCUCAAUAAAGCCAAAACUCUUUCUCUUUCCCUCCCUCGGGCCACCUCGAGUCCUCAGCCCUGCCCUGAGCUGGGCCUCCUAGAAGCCCGGGUUCUCAAGGCCGUCUGUCUCUUUGCCUCUUCUUUCUCUUCCUUCAUGGCUGCUGCUUUCUCUUUCACUUUCUCGUUUCACCCGGUCGUGCAAUUUUUCCGUGUCUGAUUUUUACGGCGGGAGGGAGCUGAGAUUGCAGUCCUGUCCGUCAGGCCCCGGGACCUGUCCGUCUGGAAGCCUCGUGCCAAGGAGCCUCCAGCUGGGGCCCAGCGGCAGGUGCCUCGGUGUCCCCUUGUGGAGGGGCAGGAAGAGGAGAGCACCCUGCCGUCCCGGAUCGUCGUCUCCUUGGUGCUGAUUAGCCGGCGAGAUCCGAGAUGCCAGUUCCGCCCGUCGCCAGGCGCGGCAGCCGCCGCUGGCUGCAGACGCCAAGGCAUUUGGCCUUGGGACCUGACGACUCGACUCGAUCCAGAAGGACGGCGUUGACUCCGUUGGGUCUCGUGACUUGCCACGGCUGGGCAGGGACCGGCGACCAGCCCUGCUGGCUGCUGCUCUGUUGGGGGGAAGCGCCGAAGGAGGACAGGUCUGCCCGCCGUGGGGAGCGAGAGCAAAGCGCGUGAGCAGCAGCUCUUCUAGAAAAGGUCAUGGCGGCAGAAAGGACGACGGGGAAGUCCACCGAGGCCUUUCUUCAGCUGCCCCAGCUGCAGUUGCUUUCUCAGCCGUUCACCAGCAUGCAAAACCAAACCAAACGGCGGCGGUGCGCAGGCCUGCCAGAGAGACAGCGCUGGGCCUGAGCUCCGAACCGGCCGCCCCGUCUGGGGCCAAGCUCGCUGCCUUGGCCCCGCCGUCUCUAGCUGCGGAAACACUAAGCCCCAAGGGCUCCAGCCCCGUGACAGCCCCCGGUAUCAAUCACGGGGGCGGUCGCCUGGGUUAUUCUCACUCUGGCCUCACCAGCUGAGUGUUCUUUGGAAUCGUUUUUGUCAUUUGCUGGUGUUUGUCGAGCGCACCUCUAGCAUCUUGGAAGGCGCGAAGCCAGGACUGACUCCGGGUCACUCUGCUAGCUAGAUGAUAGGAGUCUUUUUGCCCCCCUCCCAAACACAUCUUUUCCCCUCCUUUCCCCCUGAAGACAAGGCCUCCGAGUCCUUAUGGUGCCUUGAAAGGACUUGCAGAAGGGGGGUAGACUUUAAAAGGUCCCGGUUAACAACCUCGGAACUCUGAGCUGAGGCGAAGGGGAGCCGUUCUUGGCGGGCACGGGAAUGCUAGUGUCAUUGGUGUACCCGUCCUCUUUCUGGCGUCCAGUAGAAACCAAACCUUGGAUUUUUAUCCAAAAAGGGAGGAAAUGAAUCUUUUCAUCAAAGCAACUCCCUCUUACGUCAUAGAUAAAUUUUAACUUUCCAGUAACUGAGGGAUUUGUUUCCUAAGACCAUUGCAGACCAUCUCUCUGUCCAAGGUAAGGUUGCAGAAGUGGGAAGAAAUACCCUGGGCCUCUUUUGAUUUCCCUUAGGGAGUGGGACAGUGUUUGCGAACAUGCGCGUUUCUCCCAUCCCUCCCUCUCCUUCUCUGACAGUUCUCUAGGCGGCAGGGCAGAACUUUGGGGAAAGGGGUAGCUCGUAGCUUGGUAUCAACACAGCAGAGCAGAUCAGGAACCAAACCGCUCGGCCAUUUCAGUCACACAGCCCUGACACAGGCUGACGUUGAGAUCGUACUCCCUCCCCUGCCUGGGAUCUGCUAAUGGAAGGAAUGUUCAGCCAACAGCCUACUAAGCCCACCUUGCUCCCCCGUUAGCCUGGGUCCCCUCUCGGCUGUGUCAUUGGCUGGGCCUCACCUGCUUCCUGCCGGAGGCCUCUCCCUCUCCCAGGCACGUACCGUGUGCUCGCCAUGUGCCGGGCGCGGGGCAGGUGGUGAGCAAAGCCGCUGACGUCUUGCCCUCAAGCAGCCUCGGUUCUCGUGUGUAGGUUUUCGUAGCUGUGUCCCAGGACACCUCUAUGGGUGCCAUAGACGACCUGGCUUCGUGUUCCUAAGUCUGCAGGCUUCCAGUGCCGCCAGUAUAUUGUGCCUUGGGUGUGAUCCCACCAAGCCAGUGUCUGGGGCGGGCUUAGGCCGGCUCUGCUUCUCAGUGGACCAGGGUGUGUUCAGGGUUUGUCUUAUGUAAAAAAAUGAAACAGAACAACAACAACAAAAAAACCCUGAGACCAUGAGUAAGGCUGGCAUCUCACCAGCCUGGGCUUCAGGGACAUUCUGUGUGGGGUUAAGUGGUAGAUAGGGCUCCUUUGUCACCUCCCGACCAGCCUCUCGGGCGCAUUUGUCUCACAGCAGAGCCAGGUCUUUGGCAGGUUGACGCGAACCACGUUGCCAGAGCUGAAGCAGUUCCACGUCAGCCUGUGAGCCUGUUGGGCCCGCUUGUUCUAAUUUUGGUGACUUUGGCUACUUUCUUCUGUUUCAUGCAUGAGCGCCUGUCCCCAAAGUGCCAGGCCGCUUGCGAAGGCCCUUGCCAUACUCUUCCGAGUCUGAGAGGCCGGCUCAGCACCGUUCGCCAAGCGCAGGAGAAGAGAUGUAACCUACCUCAGCACCUGCGGCCUCGAGACAUCCCCGGCCGGCCGGCGCGUGUGGGGAGGCCACAGGUGGCAGUGGCAGGACAGGGAGGCUGCCCUGCCGGACGGGGGAGUCCCGUGCCGCCGGGCCCCCUCCUCCGAGCUUCAGUGCUGGGAAAGCUAUUUUUACCUUCCAGGCUCUGCCAGCCGCACUAUUAAUAGGUUUCAUGUGUUCCUCUUGAAGGCAGGGGAUGGUUCUGGGCGAAAGGGGAGCGGGCCGAGCCAGGAGGGGAGCUGCCGCCGCUCCCCGUGUGAGUCACUUCUCACCCGGCGCGUGCCGGGGCCACCGGACCUAGGCGGCUGCUGAGAACCUUGUCUGUUCUUGUCCUUAGGCUGGACUUCCCAACAUCCGAGAAGCCAACAUAGGCGUCUGUGCUAUGGUCCCCUCACAGGUGCUUGUCAUGACUAGCAUCCCAGGUACCUUAAACACCUCUGCUGCCUGGGACAGGUGUGUGCUUCUGCGCUUGCUUCUGGGACCUCCUUCCUCAAUACCCCCUUUGACCUUUUUUUUUUUUUCCGAAGCAGUGAAUUAAGAGGCGGGGUCAGAGAGCGCGUCCCCUCCCGACGUAACAGCUGUGUUCCCCGGUGGCUUUAGUCAGAAGCGGCUUGGGGGAGGCCUGGGUUUGGGCUUCCUUCAUGUGCUUCGGCCUCCACAGUCUGGGUUUCCUGGGCUUGGUGUGAGAGGAAGUGGGGGAGUCUGGACAUAGCUGGGCCUCCGUGUCCCAGGUGAACGGGCUUCCUUCCUUGAUCCUCUGAGGCUCUGUUCUCUGUCACCGGGGAGAGUGCUGAGAGCCUGGGAGUCUGGACGACAGACCGCCCUGCCGUUCUUCCUCCCGCCUGCGGCCUUCUGCGUGCAGCCUUGUGGCAGGAGAGGGCUGCGGGGGUUACUGGAGCAUUAGGACAUUGUCGAUGACUUGGAGGCCUGAAUGCAGUCCCAAUCCCUCUCUGGCCCGCGGUUGUCCCCUUGAGGGAGACUUUACCGGCUUCUCCCUCCUUGCCCUACCCCUGGCACCUCCCCAAGGGCUGAGAAAGGCCGCUCCUCCCCAGGGAGGGCUGCCUCACUCCCGUGCGGAGGUGCCCGGAUUAAGCAGAGCUGUGAAGAAGAAAAGCAUUCGGAUUUGCAGGCUCCCUGCGGCCUUUUGCUCCACAGAGUUUUUGUCCUGAGCAGAUCCUUUGUGUGUGCGUGCACGUGUGUGUAUAGUAAGUGCCUUACUCUGCCGUGUGGUCUUCGCUUGUGCUUCGCGGCCAGCCCCCAGCCGCCAGGGCUCUAGAGCUGUUUGUCAUAUGCAGCUGAGGACACCACACCUCAGUACGGUUACAUAUAAAAGGGACGCGGAUCGUGACAGUUUUGCCUCAUUCGUUUCUGACACCCUCCCCUUCCCGUUGCAUUAGGGUCUGGAGUGUUCUCAGUGUUGUUCCCGGUUUCUCCCUCGUGUGUCAGUUCUCUUGUGGCCUGCUGGUGGCUGUAGGAGCCGGUGAGGUGGCCCAACCGCAGACACCUGUGCCUCGUUCCUAUUAGGGAAGCUCAGAGACUUCCAGAACCACCACCCCCCUGACACCCCAUCUCACCCUUGUGCCUCUGGCCCCACACGGCAAACCCUGCUCUUCCAGUCCCCCUCCAUCCCAGAUCGAAUACAUAACCAUGACCCUCUUCCGAUCUGUUCUGCUUCCCAUUCAACCCAAAGUUUCUACGAUAAAGGUGUUUACUUUUACUUCCCAGUCUUGAGUGUUAACUCGUAGCUGACGCAUUCGACAGGUGGUCUAGUCUGGCUGUUGCAGACCUGUGUGAGCUCCUGAUUCAGUGUUACCUUGUGUUAGUAGCAGCAACCCUCUGCCCCUGCCCCUUUGCCUGCCUGCCUUUUCCUCACUCUACCGGGUUGUGCAAUAACUCUCCCAGCCGGUGGUCUCUUCCACAGGCCUUUCUGUCCCUGACAGUUUUCCCUGCGAGUGGGGGAGAGAUGGGACCCACGGGAGGGGUAGUCGUCAUCCCUUUACAGAAGAAAUGUCAGCCACUUUGCUUUUGUUGCUGUCAUUCUCGUGGCCCUGGGUGGGUUUCUGUGGCACUCUUGUAGAACAUGUAGCAUCAUCUUAGAAGUCCAUGUAUUUCUUUUUUUUUUUUUAAUUCUAUUGAAGAGGAAAAACCCAUCCUUAUGAUGGGGCAUAAGUCAGUGUGCAGGAGUAAGAUCUGUAGUGAUGCCCAUGACAUCACUGUCACUCUGCCUGAAAGCAUUCCAGAGCUGCUUGUUCACGUGGAGAGGAAGGAGAUUUUUUUUUUUUUCCUGAGAAUCAGCCACAGGUGGAUAGCCCUGUUCACCUGAUAGGACCUGGCUGUGAUAGAAGCACCGUUUCCUUGAGUGUGUAUGUGAUGAGACUGUAAACCUCAUAUUUCAGUUCCUCUGUUUAAUAAACAUCUGAAGGGUGAGCUGAGGCUGCUGGUGCCCUGAGCAACUCAUAAUGCAAAUGUGGACAGAUUGUCUCUGUGUUUUUCUACUUUAGCCUGUUCAUGUUAUGGACCAAAUUACAACAAGGAACUCAAGGAAAAUUUGUACCUGCCAUAUUUAUGCUUUCAUGUAAAAGGGUUGAGGGGGGGGGAGGGAUGUCUUUUUACUUUGGGAGAACUUUUUUUCACAAAUCAUUUUUCCACUGUUUUCUGUCUGGUUUUAAAAACAAACUGCAAUUUUGUAUGGAUUUUUUAAAUGUACAUUUUGAAACAAAUGAUCAAAUAUUUUCUGAAAUAACUGAAUAAAAGGCAUAGAAUUAUCA